UUGAAGAGCUCUCCCUUCAUCUCAGGUUGUUAAAGCUUGAUCGGAGUAUUCAGAAACACUAGCCAAGAUGCAGAACGAAGAGGGACAAAACGUUGAUCUUUACAUCCCUAGGAAAUGGGUGAUCACUUCAAAGGAUCAUGCCUCUGUUCAACUUAAUGUUGGCCAUUUGGAUGAUAAGGGCUUGUAUAUCCUUGGCAGUUUCACCACUUUUGCUCUCUGCGGUUUCAUCCGUGCUCAGGGUGAUGCUGACAGCGCACUGGAUCGCCUCUGGCAAAAGAAGAAAGUUGAAGCAAGACAACAGUAGAAAGAUAGAUUUGCAAUUUGAGAUUAUUAUCUUAUGAUGGAGGAUUUAUGAUAACUAUUUGAAUUUCAUCUGAGUUUGACACUGUUUUCCCUGCUA